AUGGGUAACAAGCAGACCAUCUUCACCCCAGAACAACUGGGUGCAUAUCAGGAUGCAACUUUUUUCACAAGGAAAGAAAUUCUGAGAUUGUUUGACAGGUACCGUGACUUGGCCCCUCAGCUGGUCCCACUUGAUUACACAAAGAGGCCCAACGUGAAGCUCCCCUAUGAACUCAUUGCCAGCAUGCCUGAGCUGAAGGACAAUCCCUUCCGACAACGGAUAGCUGAAGUCUUCUCCGAGGAUGGCGAGGGAAACAUGACCUUGGACGACUUCCUGGAUAUGUUCUCGGUAAUGAGUGAGAUGGCACCUCGCGAGCUGAAGGCUUACUAUGCCUUCCGAAUCUAUGACUUUAACAAUGAUGACUACAUCUGCAAGUCUGAUUUGGAGAAGACGGUUAACAAACUGACCCGCAAAGAACUGACUCCAGAAGAAGUGUGCCUGGUGUGUAACAAGGUGAUUGAUGAGGCUGACUUGGACAACGAUGGAAAGCUGUCCCUCGAAGAUUUCCAGCACAUGAUCACGCGAGCACCCGACUUCCUCAGCACUUUUCAUAUUAGAAUCUGACCAAAAAUCCCAGAGACCAUUCAAGAGAUGGAAGAUCCUCUAUGUUGUGCCGAGCCCCACUCCUUUCUGCACUGGGAGUGAAGCUGGAUAAGAUGCUGGUGCGCUCGGUGCAGCUGGAGGAGGAGUUCCUUGCGAAGGAGAAAUGGAAACUCUUGCAGGCUCUGAAGAGGAUGGAGGCAAACAAACAUACCUUGU